AUGAGCACUCUUCGCCAGAUACAAUCUCUUCGUAAAGAGCGUCUCCGCUUAAUUGAGAACUGCGACUUUGACCAGGCUGAAGUUCUUGAAAAGAGAAUUAAUGAUAUUAUACAGGAAAGAGAAGCCCAUAAUGAUCAGCUUGUAGUUGAUCUUAACCAUUCUAAGUAUAAUAUCGAAAAAGAGAAUAUCAGAACAGAGUCAAAUGAGAUUCACAAUACAUUUAAGACUAGAGCUUUUGAAAUUCACGGCAAGUUCCAAAAGAGGCGUAGAUUCCUUCAAGAAGCUCAUGCAAACUAUCUUGCUCAAUUGGCUACAAAAUAUGCCAACGAUUUGGAAUUAGAAUCAACAAGAAUCGUUGUUCAGACAGAGAAUUUAAUUUCAGAAGCCAAAAAGCGUGCCCAAGCGAGCGAUUACGCCGAAGCUAAAAGGCUUUAUGCUCAGGCAACACAAAUCAAGGAGCAAACAAUGGCUGAAAGGCAAGCAAGUCUUAAACAAAAAUAUGACCAAAUUAUUCAACAAGCAGAACAGAAGAAUGCAGAGGAACUUGAAGCUCUCGAUAAGAAGGAACAAGAGGCACUUGCAAUGAUCCAAUCACAGUACGAUAAGGAAAUGAAGAAUUUAGAUACAAAACUUUCUGCUUCUUCAGUUAGAUUAGGAACUGCAAGAAACAUGGAAGAUGAACAGAGAAUGUUCCACAAGCUUGAAUUCGAUUUCCCUUCAUCAAGAACAUCAGCUGAAACAUCAAUAAAGUUUGACAUGUCUGAUGCCCUUAGAAGAUCACAGAGACUUUAA